AUGGCCAGUAAUGAGAAUGAAACGGAUUCGUUAAUGACAUUCGAUGAUUAUAUAAGCAAAGAGUUACCUGAACAUCUACAGAGAUUAAUCGUGGAGAACUUGAAAAGCUCGACUGGUUCGAACGAUGCAAGACAGGCUUUGAAUGGAUCAGAGAUGAAUUUUAGUAUUAACGGGAGCUUUAAAGGCCUCGACGAUGCAUUUCAAGCCUUGCAAAUGCAGAGUGUGUUGCACCCCUCUUCAUUAGGACCGUUAACGACGCCCUCCAGAUUUUCUGGAUGGUCAUUUGCUCAAGGAUUUUUUGUAGGCCAGCUGAGUAUAGUGUUGCUAUUUAUUUUUUUCCUAAAAUUUUUCAUAUUUAGUGAUGAACCCUCUAAAACCAAGAAUCCUACACCUGCAUCCUCCGGUCAUAAGUCAAAAUUCACAGAAUACCCCUUCAUAUCUCGUGAAUUUCUUACUUCUCUUGUUAGAAAGGGUGCUAAGGAACACCAUGAAUUCAGUGAAGAGGCGGGAAGUGAGAAUCUUCAAGAACUGGCUCUGAUUUUAGAGAAAACCUACUAUAAUGUUGAUGUGCAUCCUGCAGAGUCAUUAGAUUGGUUUAAUGUUUUGAUUGCCCAAAUCAUACAACAAUUUCGAGGGGAGGCCUGGCAUAAAGACAACAUUCUUCAUUCUUUGAAUGAUUUUAUUGGGAGGAAAUCACCUGACCUACCUGAUUAUUUGGAUACCAUAAAAAUAACCGAACUAGAUACAGGGGAUGAUUUUCCAAUUCUCUCAAAUUGUAGAAUACAAUAUUCACCAAACUCUGGCAAUAAAAAGUUAGAGGCUAAAAUCGAUAUAGAUCUAAAUGAUCAUUUAACAUUAGGGGUUGAGACAAAACUAUUGCUCAACUAUCCAAAGCCUGGUAUCGCUGCACUCCCUAUAAGUUUGGUAGUAUCAAUUGUGAGGUUUCAAGCAUGUUUGACUGUCUCUUUAACUAAUGCAGAGGAAUUUGCAUCUUCCUCGGAUAGAAGCCGUAAUGGAGACGGUGUGGAUGGCGAUUCCGGAUACUUCUUAAUGUUUUCUUUUUCUCCUGAAUAUAGAAUGGAGUUUGAAAUCAAAUCAUUGAUCGGAUCAAGAUCAAAACUUGAAAAUAUUCCCAAAAUUGGUAGUGUUAUUGAAUAUCAAAUCAAAAAAUGGUUUGUAGAAAGAUGCGUUGAACCAAGAUUUCAAUUUGUCAGGUUACCAAGUAUAUGGCCGCGUAGCAGAAAUACGAGAGAAGAAAAGCCUUCAGAAUAG